AUGCUCAACAGCCCUGAUGACAUGAUCCGAGCGGUUGCAGAAGGCCAGGUGCUGGAGGUUAUUAAGCGGGGAUUUGUUUACACGCCUGAUAAUGAGAGUAGCGGUCCAGAGGCUUUUCUUGCCUACCUUAACGCUGACCCUGAAUCCGUCGCUCGUAUUCUUAAUCACAGCGCGCACAGCUUGGACAGCAAGAUAAACGCAAGACACAACAAGGUAUUAGAGAGGAUUACAGCAGCCAUAAAACACAGCGUGGUUAGCAGGGGGAAAACAUUCAUGAUUUAUAACUGCCCAGAAGACACGGUAACACUAUUGAGAGCGGAUAUUAUUCUGCAAGAUGAACACAUGAAGACAAUCAAGAUCGCAGAUGUAGCGAUUGUCUUUGAAGACUACAAGGAAAACUCGCUCGGCUCCGCUCGCAUCCAGAAAGAAAAAAAAUAG